AUGGCAGACGUAUUCUGGCAGCUGCCGCCCGUUACAAGAACAAUAACGGCGGGCGCUGUAGUUGUAUCUGCUCUAGGCUACUCGGGCAUGAUCAGCUUGAUGAAAUAUGUCUUCAUCUCUGAAUAUGUCUUUACCGUGAAGAUGGUGCCACAGCUUUGGCGACUUGUGACGUCCUUCUUGAUCACCAAGCCCAAGUUUGCCAUCUUCAUGGACCCGUACUUCCUGUAUCAGUAUGGCAGUGGAUUAGAGACCGAAUCUUCUCGGUUCUCGCAGCCUGGCGACUUUUUUGUCUACACGGCUUUCCUCAUGUCCGUCAUAGUGUUCGUCGCAGGCUACAUCCUGAAAUCGUUCACCUUUCUGCAAGCCCUGUCGCUCGGUUACGCAUACACAUACGCGCAGGACAAUCCUACUCGUCAAGUGUCAUUCUUCAUCGUCAACUUUGACUCCAAGUUUCUCCCGAUCGCUAUGCUCGCAUUGACCUUCGUUAUUGACGGCCCGGACGCUGCGUUGACUCAAGGCACCGGUCUCUUGGCUGCACAUUUAUACGACUUCCUGACAAGGAUCUGGCCCACAUUUGGAGGAGGCAGGAAUUAUAUCUUUACGCCAAGGAUUGUGAAGGGCUGGUUCGGCGGUCGCCCUGGAAGUACCCAACAGAGGUCUUACGGCACUGCUACCCAAGGAAGGCCAGCUGGCGGUGAUGAUACUGCCCGCAGCACUGGCAGGAGCACUGGUUUUGGAGGUCAAUGGGAUGGAAGAGGCCCUGGCCAUAGGCUUGGCGAGUAAAUGCUGUCGCGCGUUUGCAUCUCGUUGGGAUUAGAAUUGGAAGCAAACUCACAUACAUUGGAGCAUGAAAAUGCACCAGAAAAGCGGCAUAGCGCUUGAUUGAAUAGCAAAGCAUAUACCAUGCAAUAAAUUAUCAAAUACUCACUACCACAUCCUCCACUUGUGCGAAUACACAAACUCAUAUCCACAGAAGACACGGUCAACAUAGAACUAACACGACUUCACUUUUCGAUUCCCCACGCACAUCCAUUCAUUUGAUCCAUCACUUCGCCAACCCGCCACUCCCCGCCGGAUUCCUCGGCCCAUCCACCGCCCUCUCCACCGUCCCCGCGAUCCCAUCCUUCGAAGCGUCAAACUGCCUCCCAAUCGCCCCUUCCUUACUAAACGGCCCGCCGAUCUUCUCGCCAAUCUGUCCGAACGCCCCAUCCGGGUUGAACUGCUUGCCUAUGGCGCCCUCGGAGGAUAUCAUGCUUGGGUU